AUGGCCGCUGAACUCGACGGUUACUCCGACUCCUCAGAGGACUUACUCACUGUGAGACCUCCACAGUCAGAAAUGAACUCGGGUGACACGGGACCAGUAAUGACAACAAUGUUAAAAGCUAGGCUGGGGGAUUUACAGAAGGCUCUCCAGGCGGAUGUAGCACAGCUAUGUGCGGACCUCACGAGCCUAGUAGGCUGCAUUGACGCAGCAGAAGCAACCUCCAUACGACAUUUACAAGUACGGUAA